CCAAUAUUAUCUAAUUAUGGCCAUUACCUGCUUAGUACAAGAACAAGUUGAUGAUGAUAACUUUUCAACAUCAAUUAGAACAAGGAAUUCAUCUUCUCUGCAAUCUACCCUUGCUUCAUUAGAAUCACUUAGCAUGCCUAUGGUUCAUGAAGUUGUACUCUUAGCAGAUUUCAAAUGUAAGGAUUGCCAGAAGAGAAUUGCUGAUAUAAUAUCGAAAACAAACAGAUUCAACGGGAAAACAGAGUCCAUGAUAGUGAGCAUUUUGGAGAGAAAGGUGACACUGAUUUGUAGAUACCCUGUGAUUGGAAAAGUAGCAUCAUUGCCAUCAAUUUUUACCAAAUGUAAGAAGUCUUUCAAUAAAUGUAUGAAGAUCCCUAGUUUUUUUUGCUAUUCCAGUGAUUAAUUCAAGUAAUUAAUC